AUGGAUAUUAAUAGUCCAAACCCUUCAUUGAGUGAUAUUGAUUAUCCUGCGUGGUGUCAAGAUGAUGAAGUGCCAGUGACCACUGCUGAAUUGAGACAAAUAUUUGAUGAAUUGGCUGAAAGGUUUGGUUUCCAACAAUCAUCAAAGGAGAAUAUGUAUCAUCAUUUAUUAGCACAGUUGGACUCAAGAGCAAGUAGAACUACUACAUAUACGGCUUUGCUAUCUUUACAUGUAUCAUAUAUCGGUGGCGAAAAUUCGAAUUAUAGAAAAUGGUAUUUUGCUGCUCAAUUAGAUCUGGACGAUGAAAUUGGUUUUCAAAAUAUGAAAUUAACUGGAGAAUCAAGAAAGAGAAAUUUUAAAUUUGCAAAAAAGAGAGGAACCUCAAUUAAUCAACAAUUAGAAGAAUGGAAGGAAAGAGAGAAAGAAUUUGAAGAUAAUCAUCCAAAGAUUGGGUUAACAAGAGAUCAAUUAGAAAAUGAAAAUAAUUUAAAGACAGCUGAUUACAAAUGGAAGUCGAAUAUGAAACAAUUGACAUCAAAACAGAUGGCUAGACAAAUUGCCCUUUAUUUACUUUGUUGGGGAGAAGCGAAUCAAGUACGUUUUGCACCUGAAUGUAUUUGUUUUAUAUUUAAAUGUGCAUUGGACUAUGAUAAUUCACUAACAAUAUCUAAUUCGAAUCAAACAAUAGAAGAGUACAGUUAUCUUAAUGACAUUAUUACUCCAUUGUACACAUUUUUAAAACAACAAAUUUAUAAAAAAAAUUCUAAUGGAGAAUGGAUUAAAAGAGAGAAUGAUCACCGUGACAUAAUCGGUUAUGAUGAUGUGAAUCAAUUAUUCUGGUAUCCAGAAGGAAUUGAAAGAAUUGUUUUAAAGACUUCUGAAAGAUUAGUAGAUAUUCCACGAGGGGACAGAUAUCUUUCUUUAAAAAAUGUUACUUGGUCAAAAGUUUUUUAUAAGACUUAUAAGGAAAGAAGAAGUUGGAUGCAUUGUUUUACAAAUUUUAAUAGAUUUUGGUUGAUUCAUUUUACACCUUUUUGGAUAUUUACUUCUUUUAACUCACCAACUUUGUACACAAUGAAUUAUGUUCAAUUAUUGAAUAAUCAACCUACGUAUCAAUCAAGACUUUCAGUAAUGGCAUUUGGUGGAACUAUAACUUGUCUUGUACAGAUAUUUGCUACAAUAUUUGAAUGGAGUUUUGUUCCAAGACGUUGGCCAGGAGCUCAACAUUUAUCAACAAGAAUGACGGGGUUGAUAUUUUGUUUACUUAUUAAUUUCUGCCCAUCAAUUUACAUUUUUGGAUUCUUUGAUUUACAUACUCAUUCGAAAUCCGCAUAUAUCGUUUCAAUGAUUCAGUUCAUUAUAUCACUGAUAACCACACUAUUAUUUUCAAUUCGUCCAUUGGGUGGUUUCUUCGGGUCUUAUCUCAAGAAGGGUGUACAGAAGCGACGUUACAUAUCGUCACAAACUUUUACUGCAUCAUUUCCGAAAUUAACUGGUAGAAGUAAAUGGUUCUCUAUUGGAUUAUGGAUAUUUGUCUUUUUAGCAAAAUAUCUGGAAUCUUAUUUUUUCCUUACAUUAUCACUUAGAGACCCUAUAAGGGUCUUGUCUACUAUGGAUCUUUCAAGGUGUGGGGGUGAUGCAAUAUUCGGUAAAUCACUAUGUGUUUGGCAAGCCCAGGUUACACUGGUAUUAAUGUUGUUAUGUGAUCUUUGUUUAUUCUUCUUAGAUACAUAUUUGUGGUAUAUCAUUUGCAAUUGUAUCUUUUCCUUAUUAUUAUCUUUAUCGUUAGGAACAUCUAUUUUUACACCUUGGAAGAAUAUAUAUUCUAGGUUACCCAAAAGAAUUUAUUCAAAGAUCAUAUCUACUGUCGAAAAGAAUGCUAGAUUCAAAUCAAAGUUAUUAGUUUCUCAAAUAUGGAACGCAAUUAUAAUAUCGAUGUACCGUGAACAUUUACUUUCAAUAGAGCAUAUCCAAAGAUUACUUUAUCAACAAAUGGAUUCAACCUUACUUGACAGUAAAACAUUACGUUCCCCUACAUUUUUCGUUGCGCAGGAUGAUUCAACAUAUAAAUCAAUGGAAUUUUUCCCAAAGAAUUCAGAGGCUAAAAGAAGAAUAUCAUUUUUUGCACAAUCAUUAUCUACUCCUAUAUCUGAACCUAUACCAAUUGAAUAUAUGCCAUCAUUUACCGUCAUUGUGCCACACUAUUCUGAAAAAAUCAUUCUGAGUUUAAAAGAAAUAAUCAAGGAAGAAUCAUCUGGAAGUAGAAUGACGGUGCUGGAGUAUUUGAAACAUCUUCAUCCAUCCGAAUGGAGUUACUUUGUUCGGGAUACAAAGUUGUUAAACAUCGAGAACGAGGUGAAAAUGAAGCUAGAAAACGAUGGUCAAUCUAAAAUAAUUACAGAAUCCAGUAACACUGCAUCCUCUGAAAAUACUAACACUUUUUUAAAUAAAGAAGAAUACCGUGACGCUGAAAAAUUAGUCCAAGAUAAAAUUAAUGAGCUUCCUCUUGAACUUUUUGGAUUUAAAUCUUCAGAUACGUCAUAUACCCUUAGAACUAGAUUAUGGGCAUCGUUAAGAACUCAAACCUUGUAUCGAACAAUUUCAGGGUUUAUGAAUUAUGGAAAAGCAAUUAAAUUAUUGCAAAGAAUUGAAAAUCCAUCUUUGUUAGAAUAUUUCAAUAAUGACUCUGAUGCUCUUGAAAAUUGUUUAGAAAAUGUUGCGAAUCGUAAAUUUCGCAUGUUAGUUGCAAUGCAACGAUAUACUCAAUUCUCAAAAGAAGAGAUAUUGGACACGGAAGUAUUAUUAAAGUCGUACCCAAACAUACAUAUAUCUUAUCUGUCGAUUGAAAAGGAUCCUAUAUCAAAUCAACCCAUCUAUUAUUCUUGUUUGACGAACGGAUUCGCUGAAAUGAAUAAUGAAACAAGAUUGAGGGAACCCAUUUUUAAAAUUCGUCUAUCCGGAAAUCCAAUCCUCGGAGACGGUAAAUCUGACAACCAAAACAAUGCUAUCAUUUUUUACCGCGGAGAGUAUAUACAGGUAGUCGAUGCCAAUCAAGAUAACUACUUAGAAGAAUGCCUCAAAAUAAGAUCUUUGCUGAGUGAAUUUGAUGAAUUGGACCUUGAAAAUCCGGUCCCAUAUAUUCCUGGUAUUCAAUAUGAAGAGGAACCAGCUCCAAUUGCAAUUCUUGGAGCAAGAGAAUAUAUAUUCUCGGAAAACAUAGGUGUACUAGGUGAUAUAGCGGCCGGGAAAGAACAAACAUUUGGGACAUUAUUUGCCAGAACCUUGGCAGAAAUCGAUGGAAAGUUACAUUAUGGUCAUCCAGAUUUUAUUAAUGCUAUAUUCAUGACCACAAGAGGUGGUCUGUCAAAAGCCCAGAAAGGAUUGCACCUAAAUGAAGAUAUAUAUGCUGGUAUGAAUGCGUUGUGUCGUGGCGGAAGAAUAAAACAUAGCGACUAUUACCAGUGUGGGAAAGGACGUGACCUAGGCUUUAGUUCUAUCUUGAAUUUUACUACAAAAAUUGGUGCUGGAAUGGGUGAGCAAUUAUUGUCAAGGGAAUAUUAUUAUUUGGGGACACAAUUACCCAUGGAUAGAUUCCUUACUUUCUUCUAUGCACAUCCAGGAUUUCAUUUGAAUAAUUUGUUUAUUUCAAUGUCUUUACAUCUGUUUUUCCUUUUAUUACUAAAUUUAGGUUCAUUAAGUUAUGAAACUGUUCAUUGUUACAAAGUAAAACACUCAGUUCUUACAGAUUUACAACGACCUAUUGGGUGUUAUAAUAUUGACCCAGCACUUCAUUGGGUGUCAAUCUUUGUCUUAUCCAUAUUUAUUGUUUUCUUCAUUGCAUUUGCCCCCCUACUUAUUCAAGAAUUGCUUGAGAAAGGUAUAAUAAAAGCAUUUAUUAGAUUCCUACACCAUAUAUUUUCGAUGGCACCAUUGUUUGAGGUAUUUGUCUGUCAAAUAUAUUCGAAUGCUUUAUUAACUGAUUUAACUUUUGGGGGAGCAAAAUAUAUUUCGACUGGAAGAGGCUUUGCGAUAACAAGGGUUAAUUUUUCUGACUUGUAUUCCAAAUUUGUUACAACUUCUAUCUAUUCAGGGUUGCAAAUUUUUUUAAUGUUAUUAUUUGCGACGGCAUCAAUUUGGCAUCCAGCAUUACUGUGGUUUUGGUUGACUGUGAUAUCACUUUGUUUUGCUCCAUUUAUUUUCAACCCUCAUCAAUUUUCUUUUUCUGAAUUCUUUAUAGAUUAUAGGAAUUUUUUAUUCUGGUUAUCUUCAGGAAAUUCAAGAUAUAGAAGGGAAUCAUGGGCUACAUAUGUCAAAACUGCAAGAGCCCGUUUUACUGGUUACAAGAAGCUCUUGAUAACAGAUUCAUCAGAAAAAGGUAGAGACGAUGCCAAAAGAGCUAAUUUUUGGAAUGUAUUGUUUCCAGAACUGUUGAUUCCUUUAUUUGUGUUUGUUUGCAAUUUCUUUGCUUAUUCAUUUAUAAAUGCACAAACAGGUGUAAAAAAUCCUCUUCCAACGAAUUCUGUUGUGAGAUUACUUUUGGUGUCAUUGUUACCAAUCAUUCUAAAUAUGGCAAUCCUAUUAAAUCUAUUCUUUGUCUCGUUCAUUUGUGGACCUAUUAUAUUAUGUUGCAACGCUAAUACUGGUGCCACUAUUGCAUUCAUUGCGCAUGCCUCUUCAAUUAUUUUUCACAUUAUGUCAUUUGAAUUAAUGUGGUUUUUGGAGGGAUUGGCAUUUUCAAGAACUUUGAUAUUAUUUAUCACGUCUAUAAAUCUCCAACUAUUGCUGUUCAGAAUAGUAACCUUAGUAUUUUUAACUCGUGAAUUCAAAAGUGACAAAUCUCAUCUGGCGUGGUGGAAUGGGAAGUGGUAUCGUACUGGACUAGGUUGGAACAUUAUUCUACAACCGAUGAGAGAAUACGUUGUUAAAGUUAUGGAAUCUUCGUAUUUUAGCGCUGAUUUUUUCUUAGGUCAUUUUUUACUUUAUUUUCAGACUCCAUUACUAUUUGUUCCUUUUAUUGAUUACUGGCACUCCAUUGUUUUAUUUUGGCUCAAACCAAGACAUGUUGUAUGGAACAAACAAUUACACACUAAAAAACAAAUAAAAUGGAGGAAUAGAACGGUUCAAAAGUAUUUUGUUUUUUACAUCUUUAAUCUGAUACUGAUGUUAGGUCUAAUUCUGGCCCCUAUACUGGGUUAUAAAUAUAUACCGGAUUUUGACAAGCAUCUUAUUGAUACUCCAUUUGAAGUAUUGAUUCAACCGAACAGUCAAAAUAAUAAUGACACAGGGUCAAAUGCUCCUUCCUAUAUUCUCAGAACGACGCCUAAAUUGAUACCUUUUAAAACUGUGAUGUAG